AUGGCCAACACCAACACUCUGUACCGAUACAGCACCAUCAGCGCCCUCCUCUCCGGCAUCUGCACCGAGGGCCUCGACGCCUCCACCCUCCUCGAACGAGGCACGUACGGUAUAGGCACCUUCUCCGACCUGGACGGGGAGAUUAUAGUCAUCGACUCACGCGCCUACCACUUCCCCUCCACCACAAACACCGUGCGCCGCCUAAACCCCACCGCCACCAUCCCCUUCGCCAUGCUCACCACCUUCCAACCGACGCACACCCUUCCACUCCCGACAACCACCACCUCGGAGAAGAUCACCCUCAAAAGCCUCUCCGCCCUGCUCACCCCGCUCCUCGACACCAACAAAAACACCUUCCUCUCCCUCCGCCUGACCACCACCUUCGCCUCGCUCACCACCCGCAUCAUCCCCCGGCGCGGCUCCCCGCAAGAAACCCUCGCCGACUGCGCCGCACGACAAAAAGUAACCAACCACGGCCGCUCGAGAGGAACGCUGUUCGGCUUCUGGUCCCCCGCGUAUACGGUGGGGAUCGGGGUGCCCGGAUUCCAUCUGCAUUUUUUGUCCGAGGACGGGGAGAAUGGCGGACAUGUGUUGGAUUUCGAGGGGGAGGGGAGGGGGUUGGAGGUCGCCGUUCUGCGGGAGGUGAGGUUGGAGUUGCCGGAUACUAGGGAGUUCGGGGAGGUGGAGGUGAAGGCGCCGAGUGCGGAGAUGGUGCGGGGGGCGGAGGGGGGUUAG